AUGGAUGAUUAUAAUAGUACUCAUGAGAGUGGCAAUUUUAUGGAACUAUUAAUGGAUGGGGAUUACAGAAAUUAUUGUGAUUAUCAUGAUAGUGGUGAUUAUAACAAUGCUAAUAAUAAUAACGAUGGUGAUAACAAUGAUGAUGAUGAUAGUGAGAGUAGUGACAAUGAUGAUGACAGUGACAGUGAUUCUGAUGAUGAUGAUAGUAGCAACGAUUCUGAUGAAGAGUUUUAUCAUCUUGUGGCAGUUACCUGUGAAGCAGUUGUGACAUAUUUCAAUAAGUACAUUAAUAGACUCCUUGUUAUGAUUCUGAACAAACAGGUUUUACAACGUGACUAUGGACUUCAACAUUCAAGGAAUAUAAGGUUAGAAGAGUCAGUGGCAAUCUGUUUACUGAUACUUGGUCAUAGAACAUGUAACAAAAUGGUUCAAGAAAUAUUUCAGCAUUUGGGUGAAACCAUAAGUAGACAUUUUGAGAAGAUGAUCACUCUGUUAGGUGCUCGCUUUGUAGCUGCAUAUGUAAAGUCUUCGGAUCCAACUUUUAGUGAAGUUCCAACCAAAAUACAAGACCAUCCAAUUUAUUGGCCACAUUUCAAAAAUUGCAUCGGUGCGAUUGAUGGCACACAUGUGACAGCGGUUGUACCUACUAAGAAGUCCAUUCCAUACUUUGGAAGAAAGGGAUAUCCAACCCAAAAUGUGAUGACUGCAUGUGACUUUGAUAUGUUAUUCACAUUUGUUUUGCCUGAGUGGAAAGGUGCAGCACACGACACUCACAUUUUUCUUGAUACUAUUCGUAAUCAAAGUAAUAACUUUCCGCACCCACCACCAGGGAGAUAUUAUGUAGUUGAUUCUGGGUACCCAAUGAUGAAAGGCUAUUUGGCACCGUACAAGGGAAUAUCAUACCAUCUUCAAGACUUUCGAAGGAGAGGUGGAAGCCCUAGAACUAGACAUGAAAAAUUUAAUCAUGCUCACUCAUCUCUUCGAUGUACGAUUGAGCGCACUUUUGGUGUGUGGAAGAAUAAAUUGAGAAUUAUCAGAAACAUGCCAUAUUUUCCAUUCCAUAUCCAAAUACUUAUUGUAUCUGCUACUAUGGUUCUUCAUAAUUUUGUUAGGCUAAAUGAUAGGGCUGAUAGGGGCUUCAUAAACGCCAAUCAAGAUUCAAUUUCUAGAAAAGAACAUAAUAGUGAAGCAGGUAGUAGUUAUGAGCAGAACUCAGGAUCUUUAACAGACCCUGCGAUGGUGGUUCUUCGUGAUUCCAUUGCUAAUUCCAUUGGGGGGGAUAAUAAUUAG